AUACGUCAGUCACUACAGUAAACAAACACGCGCCUCGGCACUUGCAGACGAACUGCCUUAUUUACUAUAUCCUGUGUGUUGAAUACACUAAAAUUUGAAUAACGCAGUAACAGUAACUAACUAAAUGACAAAAAACAUUUUUCUGCAUGGUGUAUCAGUUAAAAAUUGGUUAUGAAGUAACUGUAUAUUAAACUAGUUUAUAAUUAUGUUCUGUAAGACCUAGUGCAAAAAUAGUUUUACUAUUAGCAACUGAAAGUUUAAAAUGUCCACCAGGUCUAUGCCUAAUAAUAAGAAGGUUGUGUUAAUUGACACUGAUGCUGGGAUCGAUGAUGCUUGGGCUAUACUUAUGCUCCUAGCUGCAGCCAAAGAAAAUCGAGACAUAAAUGUAAUUGGUAUUACAUGUGUCCAUGGGAACGCAACUGUAGAUCAAAUUUCCCUCAAUGUUCUUAGGACUUUGGAAUCUUGUAAAGUAGAGAUUCCUGUUUACAAAGGGUCAUCUUCACCAUUGAUUGAUUUAGAUGAAAACUAUAAGAGAAGUUGGAGACCUUUUUUUGGAACGGAUGGUUUUGGAUGUGCUGAACACGACGAUGCCCCUGAUCUAAAAGUCAUAAAAGAAGAAAAUGCAAUAGUUGCAUUGGACAGAAUUGUUAAUGAACACAAAGGGGAAGUAUCAUUGCUGUGCCUUGGCCCACUGACUAACAUAGCUCUAGCGAUCCGGACAUUCCCUUGUUUUGUACAAAACGUUAAAGAAAUAAUAAUAAUGGGUGGAAACUAUAAAGCCGUCGGUAACACAACAAAUUGUGCAGAGUUCAACUUCCACGCAGAUCCAGAGGCCGCUUAUAUUGUUCUUAACUCGGCAAUAAAGCACAAAGUGCUGAUACCGUGGGAAACUUGUUGUCAAGUACCGUUUUCGUUGGACUGGCGAGAUAACGAGUUGGGAGCGUGCGAUAACAAGGCAAUCGAACUGAUGAACAGAGUAGAGCAGCCGUUGAGAUUGAAACCGACGUUUGUGGACUGGAUGCCAUGUGACCAGCUGGUUUCUGCUGUGCUGCUACAGCCGGAAGUGAUCACCGAAAGCGAGAUGACACAUCUCACAGUGGAGCUGCACGGGCAAUACACGCGCGGACAGGUCGUGCUCUGUCGCAAACACAUAUUGCCUCCAAACACUCUGCUCGUUAAAGAUAUCAACAAAGAGUUGUUUGCUCAGCUGUUGCUGAAGGUUCACAACCUCUGAUUAAGAUCACUUAUUGUGAUUGGAGUAAUGUGAUAUUUUUUACUGUUGGAAUACUCUAUAUUUUUAUCUGGGAAAUAGUAUGUUAGGGAUGUUUGAAGCAGGCAAGCUCUUACACUUGGCUAUAAAAUGGCACAGUGCCAAAUUGGGGGUUACUAUUAUAGUAACUUCUGGUAGCGAAUGUUUUAAAUCAAGACUACAGAAUCUGAAAGGAAUCGUUAAUAUAAGCCAAUAAUUUUUGUGGUAAUCACAUCAUAGUGCAGGCGAACUCAGUAUGCACAUUCUUUGUUUUUUCGAUUUUCAAUUAAAUUUAUGGUUUCCAUGCAUAGCCAAAUACUAAACCAACAAUUUUUAUUGUAGUAGAUCAUGGAAUACAGGCCAUGAUUGUCAAUAGAUAAAUUUCUUUAUUCAUAAUCUUGGAGAUCAGAACGGUGUCAUAAUAUAUUAAGAUUUUUAAUUUGUUUUAAAGUUAACAGAUACAUCUGGUAAAUAAAUAGUUCUUAUGUAUAAUAAGUGUAAAAUCUUC